AAAAAUCUCAUUUGGCGAAAUCGUGAUGUAUAGUAACCCUAAAAAUGAAAAACACUGAUAGCUUUGAUUAGCUUCAUUCACCCUGAAAUUAGACAGUGAAACGAAACUGGUUAAUACAGUGUAGUUUUUUCUUCUUCACCAUCAGGUGUCAACAUGAAUGAGUUUCUGAGAACCUUAGGACACCUUUUGACUCUUUUUUAUUAUUGGAUCGAAAGCAUGAUUUUAUUUUUUGUGCCCAAGCAAUUUAAAAUGAAAGAUGUAACAGACGAGCUGGUUUUAAUUACUGGAUCCGGCAGUGGUAUAGGCCGUUUAACUGCAAUCAAGUUUGCAGAGAAGGGGGCAAAUCUAGUUUUAUGGGACAUUAAUGAAAAUGGAAUCGAAGAAACAGCUAAACUUGUUCGAGAAAAAGGUACAAAAGCAUUUACAUAUACUGUCGAUGUAACGAAUCGUGAAGCAGUAUACAAAACAGCUUCUAAAGUGAAAGAAGACGCUGGCGUUGUCACCAUUCUAAUAAAUAACGCUGGUAUUGUGCAAGGGAAACCUAUUUUAGAAUUGGACGACAAACAGGUUGAGAAAACUAUGAAUGUCAACGCUUUGUCUCAUGUUUGGAUGAUAAAGUCAUUUCUACCUGACAUGCUUCAGAAUGACCAUGGCCAUAUCGUAUCAAUUGCCAGUCUUGCCGGACUUGGAGGAGUUCCUCGUUUAGCAGAUUAUUGCGCUUCCAAAUUUGCUGCUGUUGGAUUAAUGGAUAGUUUAGAAGUUGAACUGCAUGCAAUGGGAAGGAAAAAUAUAAAACUAACUACGAUUUGUCCCUUCUUUAUCAACACCGGCAUGUUCAAUGGAAUAAACUCCAAAUUGUUCAGCAUCUUAGAACCUGAAUAUGUUGCUGAAGAAAUUUUAACAUCGAUUUUAUGCGAAAAAGGAACUGUCAUUAUACCACGGUCUUUCUAUGUAUUGAUUGCUAUGAAAACAAUGAUGCCAAACAGAUCUCUAUUAGCAUUGCAUGACGCUUUUGGUGGUAGUGAAUCAAUGGAUUUAUUUACUGGCCGGACAAAAGAUAAAAUUCACUGAUAUUUUUGUGAUUUUGUUGAAAAGAUUAUGAAAAUAUUGAUCUAAUACCAUGUAUUUUUAUAUGUAUAAUUAUUUUUUGUUUUUUGUAUGUUUAAUUCAUAUUUUUAUAUCCAUGAUUUUAUAUGUUCAUAUAUGUGUGCAAUAAAAAAUAAGUAGUUUUUCCUCUU